UCACCAAAGCGCGCCGGAAAUGCGCGAUCCGUUGCGCGCCGGUUGUGCUGAGGGAAGGAAGUUAGCUUCUGAGCGGCCUGGGUUCUGUGGGCAAGGCCGCAGGCGGCAGCGGGGGCUGCUUGGAUAUACUGAGGGCGGCGCGAUGGGAGACGAGAUGGAUGUCAUGAUCCCCGAACGGGAGAUGAAGGAUUUUCAGUUUAGAGCACUAAAGAAGGUGAGAAUCUUUGACUCCCCUGAGGAGCUACCCAAGGAACGCUCAAGUCUGCUUGCAGUGUCCAACAAGUAUGGUCUGGUCUUUGCUGGUGGAGCCAGUGGGCUGCAAGUUUUUCCUACUAAAAAUCUUCUUAUUCAAAAUAAACCUGGAGAUGACCCCAACAAAAUAGUUGAUAAAGUCCAAAGCUUGCUAGUUCCUAUGAAAUUCCCAAUCCAUCACCUGGCUUUGAGCUGUGAUAACCUCACACUUUCUGUGUGCACGAUAUCCAGCGAAUAUGGUUCCAUUAUUGCUUUUUUUGAUGUCCGCACAUUCUCAAAUGAGGCUAAACAGCAGAAACGCCCGUUUGCCUAUCAUCAGCUUUUGAAAGAUGCAGGAGGCAUGGUGAUCGAUAUGAAGUGGAACCCCACUGUCCCUUCCAUGGUGGCAGUUUGUCUGGCUGAUGGUAGUAUCGCUGUCCUACAAGUCACAGAAACAGUGAAAGUGUGUGCAACUCUUCCUUCCACGGUAGCAGUAACGUCUGUGUGCUGGAGCCCCAAAGGAAAGCAGCUGGCAGUGGGAAAACAGAAUGGAACUGUGGUCCAGUAUCUUCCUACUUUGCAGGAAAAAAAGGUCAUUCCUUGCCCUCCAUUUUAUGAGUCAGAUCAUCCUGUCAGAGUUCUGGAUGUGCUGUGGAUUGGUACAUAUGUCUUCACAAUAGUAUAUGCUGCUGCAGAUGGGACCCUGGAAACAUCUCCAGAUGUGGUGAUGGCUCUACUACCGAAAAAAGAGGAAAAGCACCCAGAGAUAUUCGUGAACUUCAUGGAGCCUUGCUAUGGCAGCUGCACGGAGAGACAGCAUCAUUACUUCCUCAGUUACAUGGAGGAAUGGGAUUUAGUGCUGGCAGCAUCUGCAGCUUCAACAGAAGUUAGUAUCCUUGCUCGACAAAGUGAUCAGAUUAAUUGGGAAUCUUGGCUACUGGAGGAUUCUAGUCGAGCCGAACUGCCUGUGACAGACAAGAAUGAUGACUCCUUGCCCAUGGGAGUUGCCAUAGAUUAUACUAACCAAGUGGAAAUUGCCAUCAGUGAUGAAAAGACUCUUCCUCCUGCUCCAGUUCUCAUGUUACUUUCAACAGAUGGUGUGCUUUGUCCAUUUUACAUGAUCAAUCAAAAUCCUGGGGUUAAGUCCCUCAUCAAGACACCAGAGCGCCUUUCUUUAGAAGGAGAGCGACAGCCCAAGUCACUAGGAAGUACUCCCACUACCCCGACCUCCUCUCAAGCCCCACAGAAACUUGAUUCUUUGGCAUCUGCAGCCCCUGCCUCAGUGCCACUUUCGUCACCUGCUGCUCCUGUCGCCACCUUCUCUUUGCUUCCUGCUGGGGGAGCCCCUGCUGUGUUCUCCUUUGGUGCUUCAUCCUUGAAAUCAUCUGCUUCCGCCACUGGGGAGCCCCCUUCAUAUUCCAGUGGCGCUGACAAUUCCAAAGCAGCCCUGGGCUCUGGUACAUCAACCUUCUCUUUUGCUCCUCUUUCUAAAGCCUCCCUACCCCCGACCCCUGCAGUGUCACCCAUGGCCCCAUCAGCUGCUUCAUUCUCCUUUGGAUCAUCGGGUUUUAAGCCUACCCUGGAAAGCACACCAGUGCCAAGUGUGUCUGCUCCAAACUUAACAAUGAAGCCCUCCUUCCCACCCUCAGCCUCUACAGUCAAGGUCAACCUUAGCGAAAAGUUUACUGCCGUGGCUACCUCCGCUCCCGUUAAUAGCUCGCAGAACACACCCUCGAUGCUGCCAUUUUCUUCCACCUCCAAGCCAGCUGUUUCGGGACCUCUGAGCCACCCCACGCCUGUCUCAGCAUCAUCCAGUUCCACGUCACUGAAGUCCUCAGUCUCCCCCUCACCAUCAGGACGAUCUGCUCAGGGCAGUUCGAGCCCAGUACCCUCAAUGGUACAGAAAUCACCCAGGAUAACCCCUGCAGUGGCAAAGUCAGGCUCUCCCCAGGCAAAGUCACUUCAGCCUCCUGUUACAGAAAAGCAGGGAAAUCAGUGGAAAGAUUCAGAUCCUGUGAUGGCUGGAAUUGGGGAGGAGAUUGCACACUUUCAGAAGGAGCUGGAAGAGUUGAAAGCCCGAACUUCCAAAGCCUGUUUCCAGGUGGGCACUCCUGAGGAGAUGAAGAUGCUGCGGACAGAGUCAGGUGACCUGCACACCUUCCUUCUGGAGAUUAAAGAGACUACGGAGUCUCUUCACGGAGAUAUAAGUACCCUGAAAACAACUUUACUCGAGGGCUUUGCUGGUGUUGAAGAAGCCCGAGAACAAAAUGAAAGAAAUUGUGACUCUGGAUAUCUCCAUUUACUUUACAAAAGACCACUGGAUCCCAAGAGUGAAGCUCAGCUUCAGGAAAUUCGGCGCCUUCAUCAGUAUGUGAAAUUUGCUGUCCAAGAUGUGAAUGAUGUUCUAGACUUGGAAUAUCGGCAUCUGGAACAAAAGAAAAAACAAAGGCACCUGCUCGUGCCAGAGCGAGAGACACUAUUUAACACCCUCGCCAACAACCGGGAAAUCAUCAACCAGCAGAGGAAGCGGUUGAAUCACCUGGUGGAUAGUCUCCAGCAGCUCCGUCUAUAUAACCAGACUUCCCCAUGGAGCCUCCCCUCAGCUGGUCCUUCCCAGAGCAGCACUCACAGUUUUGACAGUGAUCUUGAGAGCCUUCGCAAUGCUUUGUUGAAAACCACCAUAGAAAGUCACACCAAACCUUUGCCCAGAGUACCAGCUAAACUGUCUACCAUGAAACAGGCACAACUGAGAAACUUCUUGGCAAAGAGAAAGACCCCACCAGUGAGAUCCACUGCUCCAGCCAGCCUGUCUCGGUCAGCCUUUCUGUCUCAGAGAUAUUAUGAAGACUUGGAUGAAGUCAGCUCAACGUCAUCUGUCUCCCAGUCUCUGGAGAAUGAAGAUGCCCGGCCAUCCUGUAAAGAUGAGGAGACAGUGGUCCAGGUUCCUCGGCAUGCCCCCGUGGUUCGCACGCCUUCCAUCCAGCCCAGUCUCUUGCCUCAGGCAACUUUCGCUAAAUCUCAUAUGGUUCAUGGUUCUUCACCUAGUGUGAUGGGAACUUCAAUGUCUACAUCUACUAGUAAAAUUAUUCCUCAAGGGGCUGAUAGCACAAUGCUUGCAACGAAAACUGUGAAACAUGGCGCACCUGGUCCUUCUCAUCCCAUCUCAGCUCCCCAGGCAGCCGCUGCUGCAGCACUCAGACGGCAGAUGGCCAAUCAGGUGCCAGCUGUAAGCACUUUGACUGAAUCAACCUUGAAGAAUGUCCCUCAAGUGGUAAAUGUUCAGGAAUUGAAGAAUAAUCCUGCAACCCCCUCCGCAGCGAUGGGUUCAUCAGUGCCAUACUCUACAGCCAAAACACCUCACCCAGUGUUAGCCCCAGUGGCUGCUAACCAAGCCAAACAGGGGCCUCAAAUAAAUUCCCUAAAGCCAUCUGGGCCCACACCAUCAUCCAGUCUGUUGUCAUCUGGUGAUAAAGCUUCAGGGCCAGGGACAGCCAAGAUAGAAACAAUAGUGACUUCAACUCCAUCUGCUGCUGGGCAGUUCAGCAAGCCUUUCUCAUUUUCUCCAUCAGGGACUGGCUUUAAUUUUGGGAUAAUCACACCAACACCAUCUUCUAAUUUCACUGCCACACAAGGGACAGCACCCUCCACUAAAGAAUCAAACCAGCUCGACACAUUCUCGUUUGGCGGGGGAGGCAAACCUUUUUAUGAGACUGUUCCUGAGAGCUCCCCGACCUCAGGAGUCACGUCGGCAUCCAACUUAACAGCAGCUGCUGUCGCUUCUCCAGGAGAAGCUGCUCCAUCAAGCAGCAGACCUGCAGCCCCUUCUGGAAGUGCUCUUUCCACUGCCUCCAGCAAGCUGGAAACUCCACCAUCCAAGGUGGGAGAGCCUCUGUUUCCAAAUUCUUUGGCUGGAGAGACUCUAGGAAGUUUCUCAGGACUGCGGGUUGGCCAAGCAGAUGAUUCUACAAAGGCAGCUAGUAAGACUUCAUCCACAAGCCUAACUAGUGUCCAGCCCACUAAGACGUCAAACGCGCCCUCAGGGUUUAGUUUUACUGGCCCUCCAGCAUUAGGGAAGCAUGUGGAACCCCCUGUGACUUCUUCUGUCACCACUACCACGGUAGCAUCACCAGUAGUCUCAAGCACAAGCACUAGCAGUUCCUCAACUGGCGUGUUUGGCAGUCUGCCACUCACCAGCGCAGGGCCCUCUGGGGGGAUGAUCAAUUUUGGUGGGACAUCUCUAAGUAGUGGCAAGACUAGUUUUUCAUUUGGAAUCCAACAGACCAGUAGCAUAGUGCCCCCAUCUGCCCCACCAUCGACUACAACUGCUAAUGCCACUCCCCUUCCAACACCAUUCCCCACAUUGUCGUUCGGUAGCCUCCUGAGUCCAGCGUCUACUCCGUCCCUGCCUGUGUCCUCUGGCAAAAGCACAGAGGCAGCUGCAUCAUCGGCUUUGCCUGAGAAGCCAGGCAACAGUGAGGGCUCAGCAUCAACAGCCUCUCUUCUGGGGCAUCAGCCACCAGCCCAGCUUCCUCAGGCUCCUCUGCAAACUUCGGACUCUGUUAAAAAAGAACCUGUUCUUGCCCAGCCUUCAGUCAGCACCCCAGGCACUGCAGCAUCUAGUACCAGUCUCAUAGCACCUCCUGCAGAGGCCACUCCAGCAGCUACUGGGGACCCUGAUGUCAGGACGGAGGCAAUAUCCCCAGCUUCCACCUUUUCAGUGUCUGGACAGACUGCUGGCACAGCAGCUGCCGUCUCAAGUGCAGGCCCUGUGACCAUCGAAACAUCAAGUGCCCCCACAAGCUCCAGCACUGCUUCCAGUGUUGCUCCAGGCCCAGCUACAGAAGCAGCAGUGUUUGGGACUGUCACUUCUGGCUCAUCGGUCUUUACUCAGCCACCUGCUGCCAGUUCUAGCUCAGCUUUCAGCCAGCUCACCAACAACACAGCCACUGCCCCCUCUGCCACCCCUGUGUUUGGGCAGGUGGCAGCCAGCACCGCUCCGAGCGUGUUUGGGCAGCAGACAGGCAGCGUAGCCAGCACAGCCACCGCCACGCCACAGGUCAGCAGCUCAGGGUUUGGCAGUCCAGCUUUUGGCACCUCAGCCCCAGGGGUCUUUGGACAGACGACAUUUGGGCAGGCCCCAGCCUUCGGGCAGUCAACGAGCAGCCCUGCAGGUGGCUUCUCCUUCAGUCAGCCUGGCUUCAGUUCUGUGCCUGUCUUCGGUCAGUCCGCUUCCUCCACCCCCACAUCCACCAGUGGGAAUGUCUUCGGUGCCUCUUCAAGUGCCAGUAGUUCUGGUUCCUUCUCAUUUGGACAGUCUUCUGCCAACGCAGGAGGGGGGCUGUUUGGCCAAAGCAAUCCUCCUGCUUUUGGUCAGAGUCCCGGCUUCGGGCAGGGAGGCUCUGUAUUUGGCAGUACCUCAGCCACCACCACCACGGCAGCAUCAUCUGGGUUUAGCUUUUGUCAAGCUUCAGGUUUUGGGUCUAGUAAUACUGGUUCUGUGUUUGGUCAAGCAGCCAGUACUGGUGGAACAGUCUUUGGCCAGCAGUCAUCCUCUUCCAGUGGUAGCGUGUUUGGGUCUGGAAACACUGGAAGAGGGGGAGGUUUCUUCAGUGGCCUUGGAGGGAAACCCAGCCAGGAUGCAGCCAACAAAAACCCAUUCAGCUCGGCCAGCGGGGGCUUUGGAUCCACAGCCACCCCAAAUACCUCUAACCUAUUCGGAAACAGCGGGGCCAAGACAUUUGGUGGAUUCGCCAGCUCGUCAUUUGGAGAGCAGAAACCCACUGGCACUUUCAGCUCUGGAGGAGGAAGUGUGGCGUCUCAAGGCUUUGGAUUUUCCUCUCCAAAUAAAACAGGUGGCUUCGGUGCUGCUCCAGUGUUUGGCAGCCCUCCUACUUUUGGGGGAUCCCCUGGGUUUGGAGGGGUGCCAGCAUUCGGUUCAGCCCCAGCCUUUACAAGCCCUCUGGGCUCGACGGGAGGCAAAGUGUUCGGAGAGGGAACUGCAGCUGCCAGCGCAGGAGGAUUCGGGUUUGGGAGCAGCAGCAACACCACAUCCUUUGGCACCCUCGCGAGUCAAAAUGCUCCUACUUUUGGAUCACUGUCCCAACAGACGUCUGGUUUCGGGACCCAGAGCAGCGGAUUCUCUGGUUUUGGAUCAGGCACAGGAGGAUUCAGCUUUGGAUCAAAUAACUCGUCUGUCCAGGGCUUUGGUGGCUGGAGAAGCUGAGUGGGUGUCAGCAGUCCUUUCGGUUCCUGUGAGAACUGCAUUCUCAGCUCCUCUUCACCGAGAAACACUGGAGCAGUCUGUUAAAAUGGACUUUCUCACUGAAACGCACAUACCCAGAAAAAAACAACAGAAAUCAAAACUCAAGAGAUGCUUGAUUGCUUGUUUUGUUUUGCUUUAUAUUUCAUGUUGGGUUUUACCCCUGCUAUUAAACUGUUUGGUCUGUUUCCGUACAGAAUGUAUUUGUGCUUUUUCAGGUCACAGCCAAGGAGAGAAGUUUCCCCAUUUCUGUGGCUUUAAGAAACCAGCAGAGCCUCCAUUGGCCAGCAGUGUGUCUUCAACGAUGGCAUCAAAAGAAACCAGCAUUGGGUAUCGAUGAAAAAUAGGGCAUAGAAUCAGCCCUGGUCUUGCUUGGACCUAGAGCCCUCCAUGUAGGGAAGAGGAAGAAAGCUGGUGUGCCGCUUCUUGAGGGCGUAACUUGUCCUUUUUUCUGUUGUGUAUCAGGCCCCUCAGAGGGCCCACUCUGUGCCUGGGCGGGGCACAGGCACUCGUGCAGGCACCAGCGAAGUGUCAGAAGGUGGUAGCACCUUCCAGUAUGGCCACAGUCAGCCAGGAGGCAGGCCUGGCGAACGGACCAGUAUGAUGUCACCCGAGUGCUGUCGACAGUGUGCUGCCCUUUGAAUGGCCUUGUCAACUCAUCUCGAUGUCCUUUUGGGUGCUGGGUGUCCUACCCUAGAGGUGGCAGGUGACUGAAGACGGCUUUUAUUUCCACUAUGUGGCAGUGAUGUUGGUAGCCGUCCCUACCCACGUCUGUUAACCAUGGUGCAGACGGCCCUUGGGUAGACCCAGUAGCUGCAGAGACACUGCUCCUGCCAGACACCACUAGCAGGACGACGCUGGGCUUGGCAACAGUACUUGCUAGCAUUGCCUAGAGAUCAUAAUUUCAGUUUCAUUAAAGUGCUUAUUUCUCUUUAAUGCAGUAUUUCUGCAUUAAAUAAAAUAGGCCUGGGCAUAUUUUAUUUCUUAGGCCUAUGAUAAUUGCUGUCAAACAAGGACCACCUCACAUCAGAAGCAGGUGUAAGAAUCUAUCUUUCAGGCCCAAACUAUGACAGUGCCUUGGCUCAGGUCAUUAGCAGGGAGCAUUGAAAAGGAACCAUUUUUUAGAGUUUUAAAUAUUGGCAAGUUGAAUUUUAAAAUGUUUUAAUAAAAGUUUGACAUAUAAUA